UUGACAUACCAAUACCUUGCAAACUGCCAUGCCUGGCUACAGAGACCGCCUCCUGAUACAAAAGCCUGUUGUACAAAAUAUCUAUCUUCGUUUGUUUUACCAGAUUACCUAACGCUGAAAAUGUUUUGAAGUAAGGUUACAUAGCUUUAUGAGGUUGGAAGUCUUCUACUUGUUUUGACAUCGUGUUUGAUAGAGGAAUAUAUGGUUUGAAGCCUGAAGGAAUAUCAAUCCAGAUAAGUGGGCCAUGGUUGGGUUGUCUGAUGGCAUGAAGCAGAUACCUAGCACUCCUCAAUAGUUAUAUGACUGACUGGCUAGUAUUAGCACACUGAUUUUCACCUCAGAAUAGUGAGUUUUAACUUCAUCGUUUGUUUUCAGUUAAAUGGAGCAAAAGCUUUAGAAUAUUCGUUGCUGAAACCCAAUUGAAAUAGUGGAGUAUCAGUUCUUACGCCACUAAAGAGGAAAUUGAUUACAUCUUUAUAAGAUCCCUCUUCAGGAGCUUCACUUUAGCAAAUAUUUGUGAGUCACAAACUCUGUGCUUGACACAUUUAUCAUGUUUUCUUAGGUAGAUUUAGUGGAUAAGAUGGAAACUAAAGUUGGAAAUGGAGCAAUCUCGUCUGGGCUUUCCAUUUCAAAUGGUGAAAUUGCAGCAACUGCAUCGACAAAGUUAGCUACAGCUAAAACACCACGGAGGUUCACAAGACAGCAAAUACCAGACUCAAUAUUGAAGGAUCCUGCACUUAAGGCAGCUAUGUCAGUUUUGCCGUCCAACUAUAAUCUAGAAAUACCAAAAUGUAUUUGGAGGAUUAAGCAAGCUGGAGCCAAGCGCGUAGCGCUGCAAUUUCCAGAGGGUUUGCUUAUGUACUCUCUCACAAUUUGUGACAUUUUAGAGGCAUUUACUGAUGUGGAGGAAUGCUUUGUGCUUGGGGAUGUGACUUAUGGAGCUUGUUGUGUUGAUGAUUUUUCAGCUACUGCACUUGGAGCUGAUUUUCUCAUUCAUUAUGGUCACAGCUGUUUAGUUCCAAUUGAUUUUACAAGCAUUCCUUGUUUGUAUGUGUUUGUUGAUAUACAAAUCGAUGUACAGCAUUUAGAAGAAACAAUAAGACAUAACUUUAAACCAGAUGAUAAAAUUGCAUUAGCUGGGACUAUACAAUUUUCAACUGCCAUCCAUACAGCCAAAGCUGCUUUGCAAGGUCAAUAUCCAAGCAUCAUUGUUCCGCAGGCAAAACCACUAUCUCCAGGGGAGGUUCUUGGAUGCACAUCACCAUCCUUGCCAUGUGGCACUGUUGAUUCUCUUGUUUUUGUGGCAGAUGGGCGGUUUCAUCUUGAGGCUUUCAUGAUAGCAAAUCCCCAAGUUCAGGCCUUUCGAUAUGACCCUUAUCUGAAACUUUUGAUCUUAGAGAAAUAUGACCAUAUUGGUAUGAAAGAGACCCGCAAGAGAGCAAUUAUUCAAGCACAGAAAGGUAAACAGUGGGGCAUAAUUCUAGGAACAUUGGGGCGACAGGGAAAUCCAAAAGUGCUUAAUCAUAUUGAGCAGAGAUUGGUUGAAAAGGGACUCUCGUUUAUAGUUUUUCUCAUGUCAGAAAUCUCACCAUCCAAAAUUGCCCUUUUUGAGGAUUCAGUUGAUGCCUGGGUCCAAAUUGCUUGUCCUCGUCUUUCUAUUGAUUGGGGUGAGGCAUUUACUCGGCCUUUGCUUACACCUUUUGAGGCAGAAGUAGCACUAGGUUUUGUACAGCCAUGGUGGAAUAGAGAAACUAAACAGAGGAAAGUUUGUGAAAAAAAACCACAGGAUCAGGUUAUUUCAUAUGAUUCUGCUGAUGCAAAAGAUGAUGUCAUCACUUGUGGCAAGGACUCAUGUUGUGCUGGAAAAUGCUCUGUAGAUGGAAACGGGAGUAGAGAUAUUUCCAUAACCACGAGUGGGGGAACUUGUCUAUCAGAUAGAAUAUCUGAAGACACUGUAUAUCCUAUGGACUACUAUUCUAAAGAUGGGGGUCAUUGGAAUUCUGCAUAUGUUCAAAAGCCUACUGGUCAACGUGGAUGUCCAAAAGUUUAAAAUAAUGGCAACGUUAGUUCAAUUUGAAGUUAUCUCUUAUGAUUCGAAUGUUGGAUGCAAGAUAUCAUAAUGCUUGGGUUCAUUGGAAUUCUGCAUGGUUUUGAAAGCCAACUGGUGAAUGCGGAUGAUAAAAGGUAUCUACCAUCAAGUAAUGGUAAAGGUUGUUCAAUUUGAAUAUUUCCGUCAUGAUAAUUAUUAUUUAGAUCGAA